AAACUUUUAAAGCUGGGAUUUCUAUUUGCGACCUGGGCUGGAUUCAACAACUGUUUGUCCUCGUCUUUGUGCUGCUAUACACCGUUAAUAUACGCUACAUACAUGUGUUAGUCCGGUGGAUUUAUACUCCGAUCUCGAAUCUCUGAUCUCCACACUCCAGUCGAAUCAUAUUCCCUCAAGAUUCGAGCUAAAAUUGAACAAGAUCGAUGGAGUGGACGACCGUACAGCAUCUAGAUCUUCGCCAUUUCGGGCGUAAUACGAAACUGUUACAGCCUCACGCUGCAGCUUUUCAUCCCUCUCAAUCUCUCGUUGCUGCUGCUAUCGGAACUUAUAUCAUCGAAUUCGAUGCGUACACGGGAAGCAAGAUCUCGUCUAUUGACAUGGGUGCUGCUGUGGUCCGUAUGUCGUAUAGUCCGACUAGUGGUCAUACUGUCAUUGCUAUACUUGAGGAUUGUACAAUUCGGUCAUGUGACUUUGACUCCGAGCAGACCUGCGUGUUACAUUCACCUGAAAAGAGGAUGGAGCGAAUAUCCAUUGAUACUGAAGUCCAUCUUGCUCUGACUCCUCUCCUACCGGUAGCUUUUUUUGGUUUCCAUCGUAGGAUGAGUGUGACAGUUGUUGGAACUGUUGAAGGGGGAAGAGCGCCAACAAAAAUAAAGACCGACCUGAAAAAGCCUAUUGUGAAUCUUGCUUGUCAUCCUCGUCUAGCCGUGCUGUAUGUAGCUUAUGCAGAUGGCCUUAUCCGUGCAUACAAUAUCCAAACCUAUGCUGUCCUUUAUACACUACAACUUGAUAAUACUAUUAAACUCUUUGGGGCUGGUGCUUUUGCUUUCCAUCCAACAUUGGAAUGGGUUUUCGUUGGUGAUAGAAGGGGUACGCUUCUAGCAUGGGAUGUUUCAACCGAGAGACCUAUAAUGAUUGGCAUUACGCAGGUGGGUUCUCAACCAUUAACCUCAGUUGCUUGGCUUCCAACUUUGCGUGUACUCGUCACAUUAUCUAAAGAUGGAACUCUUCAAAUGUGGAAAACACGAGUUAUUCUGAACCCUAAUAGACCUCCAACACAAGCAAACUUUUUUGAGCCUGCUGCGAUCGAGUCUCUUGACAUCCCUCGCAUUCUAUCUCAGCAAGGGGGAGAAGCUGUAUAUCCCUUGCCGCGAAUUAAAGCAUUUGAAGUUCAUCCAAAACUGAAUCUAGCAACGUUGCUGUUUGCAAAUCUGGCAGGCAGUGAAAAUUGGAAAAAUCGUGCUGCAUAUACAAGGGAAGGAAGGAAACAACUAUUUGCUGUUUUGCAAAGUGCAAGGGGAUCUUCAGCUUCUGUUUUGAAGGAAAAACUCUCAUCCCUGGGAUCAUCAGGAAUCCUAGCUGAUCACCAUCUUCAAGCACAAAUGCAAGAGCAUCACCUAAAAGGCCACAACCAGCUUACAAUCUCUGACAUAGCAAGGAAGGCUUUUUUGUACAGUCAUUUUAUGGAAGGGCAUGCCAAAAGUGCACCUAUAUCUCGGUUGCCUCUCAUCAGUGUAGUAGAUACUAAAUAUCUGCUAAAAGAUGUUCCUGUUUGCCAGCCAUUACAUUUGGAGCUCAAUUUCUUCAACAAACCAAACAGAGUUCUUCAUUAUCCUGUCAGGGCUUUUUAUGUCGAAGGUGUAAACCUUAUGGCCUAUAACUUAACCACUGGAGCUGAAACUAUUUACAAAAAGCUAUACACAUCGAUUCCUGGAAAUAUUGAAUUUCAUCCGAAAUACAUUUUGUACAGUAGAAAGCAGCACUUAUUCCUUGUGGUACAUGAGUUUAAUGGCACUACCAAUGAAGUGGCGCUCUACUGGGAAAAUACUGAUUCACAGUUGGCUAACAGUAAAAUUAGCACUAUUAAAGGUCAAGAUGCUGCUUUCAUUGGCCCUAAUGAUAAUCAGUUUGUGAUACUUGAUGAGGAUAAGACUGGAGUCGCAUUAUAUGUUUUGCCUGGAGGGGCUUCAGUAGAUGUUGCUAAAAAGAACGAAUUAGCCAUUGAAAACCCUACUGCAGUAAUUGAGGAUGAUACAGAUACUGGAUCGGUGAAAGGCCCGAUUCCGUUUAUGUUUGAUACUGAAGUUGAUCGUAUCUUUUCCACUCCGAUAGAAUCAACCAUUAUUUAUGCUACUCAUGGGCACAAGAUAGGUAUGUCGAAGCUUGUCCAAGGAUACCACCUUUCUACUUCUGAUGGCAAUGAGGACCAGUUUUCAUCUACAAGAGCAGAAGGGAAGAAGUCAAUCAAGUUGAAACCAAAUGAGAUUGUACUUCAGAUUCAGUGGCAAGAAACUCUCAGGGGAUCCGUUGCAGGAGUACUAACUACACAAAGGGUGCUUAUUAUUUCCGCAGACCUAGAUGUGCUGUCUAAAAGCUCUACAAAAUUUGAUAAAGGGCUUCCUUCAUUUAGAUCUCUUCUCUGGGUGGGUCCUGCACUUCUGUUUUCUACUGCGACUGCUGUCAGUGUGCUUGGGUGGGAUGGAAAAGUGAGAACAAUCCUUUCGACUAGCAUGCCAAAUGCAGUUCUUGUAGGAGCUUUGAAUGAUCGAUUGUUGCUUGCCAACCCAACAGAAGCAAGUCCUCGACAGAAAAAGGGAAUUGAGAUAAAAAAUUGCCUUGUUGGGCUUCUUGAACCUCUUCUUAUUGGUUUUGCAACAAUGCAACAAUAUUUUGAACAGAAGCUUGACCUUUCAGAAACAUUAUACCAAAUAACAUCAAGGUUUGACAGCUUGCGCAUAACACCGAGAUCUCUUGAUAUUCUUGCUACUGGCUCUCCUGUGUGUGGAGAUCUGGCUGUGUCAUUAUCACAAUCAGGUCCACAGUUCACACAAGUGUUGCGGGGAACUUAUGCAAUCAAAGCUCGUCGUUUUUCUACUGCGUUGUCUGUUCUGAAGGACGAGUUUCUUCGUUCAAGAGAUUAUCCACAAUGCCCUCCAACCUCUCAUUUGUUCCACCGAUUUCGCCAGCUUGGAUAUGCAUGUAUCAAGUAUGGUCAGUUUGACAGUGCAAAAGAAACAUUUGAAGUUAUUGGUGACUUUGAGAGCAUGCUAGACCUAUUUAUCUGCCACCUAAAUCCUAGUGCCAUGCGUCGUCUUGCUCAAAAAUUGGAAGAAGAGGGCACCGACUCAGUGUUGAGGCGAUACUGUGAAAGGAUACUAAGAGUUCGGUCUACUGGAUGGACUCAAGGCAUUUUUGCGAACUUUGCUGCCGAAAGCAUGGUUCCUAAAGGACCUGAAUGGGGUGGAGGGAAUUGGGAGAUCAAGACGCCCUUCAAUCUCAAAGACAUACCACAGUGGGAGUUGGCAGCUGAGGUGACACCAUACAUGAGAACUGACGAUGGAAGCAUCCCUUCCAUUGUGACUGACCAUAUUGGAGUUUACCUUGGGUUGAUUAAAGGCAGGGGUAAUAUUAUUGAGGUAAGGGAAGAUAGCCUUGUUAAAGUACUUAAGCCAGAAGGCACUGAAAUUAGAGCAAAUGGACUACAAAAUUCAGCAGUUUCUUCCACAGCUAAUAAGACUAGUGGGUUGCCUGUUGGUGAUUCCAAGGCCGAGUCAUUGAUGGGCUUAGAAACCCUUACCCAGUCUUCAAGUUCAACCUCUGUUGUUGAUGAACAGGCCAAAGCCGAGGAAGAAUUUAAAAAGUCACUCUAUGGUACUGCUGGUGAUGGUAGCAGCAGCGACGAGGACAGUACAUCCAAAUCUAAAAAGCUGCGGAUAAGAAUCAGAGAGAAACCUGUUUCUUCUGCUACUGUUGAUGUGGAUAAGAUAAAAGAAGCCACAAAACAGUUUAAACUUGGUGACGCAUUGGGUCCACCGGUGAGGACCAAGUCUUUAACUGGUCCACAACCAGAUUUUAGUCUUUUAAAUCCUCAAGCUGUUCCCUCUAAUGUCGGAACGUCAUCAAUUCCUUCAGUUUCUGCACCAACCGAUCCAUUUGGAACAGACUCGUUGACACAGGCUGCACCUGUAGGACAGAGUGUUCCCAUGCUUAAGGGACCCGGAGUUGCAGCUGGGCCCAUCCCCGAGGAUUUUUUCCAGAAUACAAUACCAUCCCUCCAGGUUGCUGCAUCACUGCCUCCUCCUGGUACUUUCCUAUCAAGAAUGGAUCAAAAUUCUCAAGGGUAUGAUAACAAUAAGGUUGUGCCAAACCAGAGUAAUGCAUCGGUUUCUGAUGCUGGUCCAUCACAUGGUGGUCUUUCACAAGCCACUCAAUACCCUACUAUGUCCUUUGGGCUUCCAGAUGGUGGCAUUCCACCACAAUCUGCGGGACAACCUUCUGGCAUGCAACAAUUUCAGGCUCAGAUACCACAACAUAUGGGACAAACUUCUGGUUUGCAGCAGGUUCAGGCUCAACGGCCAAUCUCCAGUCAACCCCUUGACCUUAGUUCUCUUGAAGGGCCGAAUUCUUCAAAUUCAGGCAAACCUUCUGCAGCUCCACCGUCACCGAAAUCUGUGCGUCCUGGUCAGGUUCCUCGCGGGGCAGCUGCUUCAUUUUGUUUCAAGACUGGACUGGUACAUCUUGAGCAAAAUCAACUGUCAGAUGCUUUAUCCUGCUUUGAUGAAGGUUUUCUUGCACUGGCAAAGGAUCAAUCUCGUGGAGCUGACAUUAAGGCACAAGCCACCAUUUGUGCCCAGUACAAGGUUGCAGUUACUCUUCUUCAGGAAAUUGGGCGAUUGCAGAAGGUCCAAGGUCCUAGUGCCCUCAGUGCUAAGGAUGAAAUGGCAAGAUUGUCUCGUCACCUGGGUUCAUUACCUCUUCUUGCAAAACAUAGAAUAAACUGCAUCCGCACUGCUAUUAAAAGAAAUAUGGACGUGCAGAAUUUCGCUUAUGCUAAGCAAAUGCUUGAGCUCCUCUUAUCUAAAGCUCCUCCUGGCAAACAAGAUGAGUUGAGAAGCCUUAUUGACAUGUGUGUACAGAGGGGGCUGACCAACAAGUCCAUUGAUCCAUUAGAAGAUCCCUCACAAUUUUGUGCUGCUACGCUAAGUCGCCUUUCAACUAUUGGCUACGAUGUUUGUGAUCUCUGCGGGUCCAAGUUUUCAGCACUUUCUUCACCUGGCUGUAUCAUCUGUGGCAUGGGAAGCAUUAAAAGGUCAGAUGCCCUCACAGGUUCUGCUCAACCAAAUCCAUUUGGUUAAGUUGUGAGAACGUAAAUAGAUUAUAUGCCAUUUUAGGCACUGCCUAAUGAGAUCAAUCGGCGGUCAAGUUCGUACAAAUCCAUCCUGUAUCCCUACUGUCUGUGCUGCCUUAAAAUCUACACAACGGAAGACCAUUCCAGUAGUGAAAUAGCAUUGGUGUAUCAUGUUAUUUUCAUGUACAAUAGUCGUAUGUAUUUGAUUUUGUGAAUAAGUUAUAGGUGUUUUUUGUCCUCCUUUUCUUUUAUAGCCCAUCUUAUUGUACUGGUUUAAUUGCUCGAGUAAACAGUCCCUCUAGUUAGUUAGAGUUCUAUGACAGUAUCCAUUUGCACUUGUGAUAUUGAUAUGGUGUGCUAAACAAUUAAAAUUUACACGUUGCUAGUUUUCUUCU